CGAAUUGAUGCUCUUACUUUGCCCUCAAUCAUUAACUUCGCAAAGACUGGCAGUAUGCUCAUGUAUGACGGCAGUAUGCUCAUGUAUGUAUCGCAAAGACUCUGCCAGUAUGACGUACUGGGGAUUACUUCCUGUUCCACUAGACGCGGGCUCAGAAAGGUGAACAAUAAAUUAUUAUGCAUAAUGCAUUGUUUUUGGCAUUGUUAGUUGUUUAAUACCUCUUGUUACCGUAGACGGUAGACUUGUAACAAAUUUGGCAAUUUUAGUGAAAAUGUUGCAGCCUAUUUUGGAAACACUGAAUAAAAAGAACAUAAUAUUGGCUAGCGGCUCUCCCCGAAGAAAGGAAAUAAUGACCGCUUUGGGUUUAAGAUUCACUUCAGUUCCAUCAUUGUUUGAAGAGAAUUUAGAAAAGUCCUUAUUCAGUGGACCCAGUGAGUAUGCAAAGGAAACUGCGCGACAAAAGGCCUUAGAAGUUUAUCAUCGUGUUCAUAAGACAGAUGAGCCAGACCUUAUUGUUGCCGUCGAUACAGUUGUUUUUCUAGACAAGAUUAUUGAGAAACCAAAGGAUGAAGAAGAUGCGUAUCGGAUUAUUAAGAGUUUGAAUGGAAGAACACAUUCAGUGCACAGCGGUGUAACAUUUCUUAAACCAAAUAAGAGCGAGUCGUUGAAAGAGCCUUUCUCUAUACGCCAGUUCGAUGAAGUAACGAAGGUCACAUUUGGUUCGUUAACAGAUGAAAUGAUUAAAACCUAUGUUGCAACUAAGGAGCCUUUGGACAAAGCUGGUGGAUACGGCAUACAGUCAACAGGUCUCGGCGGAUCUUUUGUCAAAAGCAUAUCUGGAGAUUACUUUAACGUAAUGGGAUUUCCUUUGCAUCGCUUUUGUGUCGAAAUACGAGCGAUUCUGGAGGAUAGUCAUAUGAACGACACCUAACAGUAACGUGUGGGUUUCCAGAAUGACAAUGUCUUCUCUUCUCAAAUUCAGUGGAAGCAUCAAGGAUGGAUGUAGUGUAUGACAUUUUUUUAUAUUUUUAAUUUGACAUAUUGCAUUCAUUCAUUGAAAUACAUGAAUUGGACCACCGUUUUGCACUGCUUUAACAGUUUAACCAUAAUAUUUUCAGUCAGUCUGUCAAAACCUUUUUGACAUCUUCCGAGGGUUAACAGUGGAUCGCGCAGGAUAAUUGGCGUUUUGAAUUUAGCUGUUGUACUACGUUUUCUAGCCUGCUCGCAGACUAAGUUAGGGGGCCGGAAAUUAAACGGGGAAAGUCUGCGAGCAGGCUAUACGUUUUCCUAUAAAGGAAUAUAUUUGCGUUAGUUGAUCAGAAAGCAUAACUUUCCAUGCAGGUGCGUCUGCACGCUUCGAAGAGGGUAGCCAUUUACGUGUACCUUUUUCUGUGGAAAAAUCAUAAGGCGAAACUGUAUCAUAUAUAUAGCAUGCAUGCAUAGUAGCUAUCACAUCAAAAGUAGUUAGCUAUCAUAAUUAUACCAAAUUGUUAACCCAAAAUCUUUUUUCUUAAUUUCUCCUAUUCAAUUUUAAUUUCAACAGUUGUUUAAUUUUACUUUUUUUUGGCAAU